AUGGUCCGCCUACGAGAAAUCCCCCGGACCGCCUGUUUCGCCUGGUCGCCAGGCCCGACGCAGCCCCUGAUUGCUACCGGAACCAAGGCUGGGGCUGUAGAUGCCGACUUUUCAAAUGAAACACAACUAGAGCUCUGGGAGCUCAAGUUGGACGACAGCGAGCAGGGUGUCGAACUCAAGCCCGUUGCUACUGUGAGCGUAGAGUCGAGGUUCAACGACAUUGCGUGGAGUCAACCCAGCGAACAGUACCCGCGGGGCAUAAUAGCGGGCGCACUCGACAGCGGGGCACUCGUGCUAUGGGACGCAGAGAAGCUGCAGGCAGGCGAAGGCGACGAUGCGGAAAUUGACCAGAUCGACAAGCACACCGGCCCCAUCCAGGCGAUACAGUUCAACCCCUUCCGAUCCAACAUCCUCGCCUCGGCCGGUGCCAAGGGCGAACUCUACGUCCACGACCUCGCCGACGACUCCAAGUCCUUCCGCCUCGGCAAGGCUGGAGCGAACCCCGACGAAUACACUACACUGGACUGGAACAAGAAGGUUGCGCAUAUCCUGGCAACCGGCAGCAGCGGCGGCUUUGUCACCGUCUGGGACGUCAAGCUCAAGAAGGAGAACCUCACAUUAAACCACUAUGGACGGAAAACAGUCAGCGCGGUUUCCUGGGACCCCAAUGUGCCCACGAGACUCGUUACCGCUAUCCCGACCGACCAGAACCCGCUCGUGCUGGUAUGGGACCUCCGCAACACCAAUGCGCCAGAGAAGACGCUGCAGGCACACGACCAGGGCGUGCUGUCGCUUUCGUGGUGUGUUCAAGACAGCGACCUUUUGUUGUCUUGCGGCAAGGACAACAGGACGAUUGCGUGGAACCCGCACACCGGCGAGCAACUGGGCGAGUUCCCAGUCGUGACAAACUGGACCUUCCAGACCAGAUUCAACCCUUCGAACCCGAACCUCCUCGCGACCGCAUCCUUCGACGGCAAGAUCGCAGUUCAAACACUACAAAACACUGGGGCUGGCGCGGACCAGAACAAGGCCGCGACGGAGGCGCCUGCAGGCGAGGACUUCUUCGCUCAGACUCACGCAGAACCUCAGGGCGCAUCUUUCUCUCUGAAGACACCCCCGAAGUGGCUGAAGAGGAGAGCAGGUGUGGCUUUUGGCUUUGGUGGAAAGCUGGUGCGAUUCGGCAUCGUCGAUAACAAAUCCAAGAUUUCUAUCUCCACAUUUGCUGUAGACUCGGACGUCAGCGCGGCAAGCGAAGAGUUCGACAAGGCUCUAGAUAAGGGCGACAUUACCGCAAUCUGCGAGUCGAAGAUUGCCAAGGCAGCCAAUGAGGAAGAGAAGGCCGACUGGACCGUAAUUGAGACUCUCACGUCGGAGAACCCGCGAAGCAAGCUUGUCGAGUACCUGGGCUUCUCCGACAAGGAUGAAGAGCCAGAAGAAGAGAAGAAGGAGGAGAAGACAAACGGCGAUGCGGAUGAGGGGUCCUCGUUCUUCGACAAUGCGACAGACGAGGGCAACUUCCUGUCCGAUCUCGCGGCUUCCAAGGGCGCGAAGACUAACAACCCCUUCCAGAUCUACACUGGUUCCGAGUCGGAAGCUGACACCAAGAUCACCCGCAACCUCAUGCUUGGUGACUUCAACGCGGCGUUGGACGUGUGCCUAAAGGAGAACCGACUGUCAGAUGCUUUCAUGAUUGCCAUCUGCGGUGGAGAGAAGUGCAUCGCCAAGGCACAGGCUGCAUACUUCAAGAGACAGUCCGACGCACCCAACUACCUGCGCUUGCUUGCGUCAGUGGUCGGAAAGAAUCUAUGGGACUUCGUGUACAAUGCCGACCUCAAGGACUGGAAGGAAGUCAUGGCCACCAUCUGCACAUUUGCCGACCAGGCUGACUUCCCCGACCUUUGCGAGGCCCUCGGAGACCGUCUCGAAGAAGCCAUCUCUGGAGAGGAAGGAACGUACCGAAAAGAUGCGUCUUUCUGUUACUUGGCUGGUUCCAAGCUUGAGAAGGUCGUUGUCAACUGGGCACAGGAGCUUCAGGAGAGUGAGAAGGCAGGCAUUGAGCAGACCGACGGCGACAACAGUUUCUCUAUCCACGCACGAUCACUACAGGAGUUCAUUGAGAAGGUCACUGUAUUCCGAAAGGUCACCAACUUCAAGGAUGCCGAACAGCAAAAGGAGGACGACUGGAAACUCGAGCCUUUGUACGCAAAGUACGUUGAAUACGCUGACAUCGCAUCUGCCCACGGUCAGCUCGCAAUUGCGGAGAAGUAUCUGGAUCUCCUGCCUCAAAAGUACCCAGCUGCAGAUGUUGCCAGGAACCGGGUCAAGCAAGCCACAAGGAAGGUUGCAGCUCAGCCAGCGGCAGCACAAAAGCAAGCCCAAUCAACCACUGCUGGUCGUCGUCAAGUUGUGGUCCCGUCGUAUGGACAGCCUGCACAAGCAACACCGGCACCGCCCCAGCAGACGCCCUACGCUCCGGUCAACCCUAUGCAAACGCAACCAAGAGCGUCACCUUAUGCCCCAGUCAACCCCCUAUCCUCGCAAGCCCAGCCCACUGGACCGUCAACAUUCACACCAGCAGCAGCACCCGGCAACUCGUACACACCGGUCGGUUACCAGCCAUCUCAGCCUCAGGGCUAUGGUUACAACGCAGCGCCCCAACAAGGAAUCGCACCUCCGCCACGCAACUUCUCAAACUCGCCAUCAAUCGUGCCAGCAGCCAACAGGGGCAGCAUUCCUGCCUGGAACGACACACCAGACUUCGGUCCCCCCAAGCCAGCUUCGCGUCGCGGCACUCCUAUGAACACUGUAGCUUCUCCGUUCCCGAACCAACAGCAGCCCCUCGCAGGCCCACCUCAAGGUCCAUUCUCCCCAGGAGCAAGGUCGACACCUCCACCUCCUCCAAAGGGUCCUCCUCAAGGUCCUCCCCGGAUGACUUCUCCUCCGUCUGGACCCCCAACUGGUGCUCCGAACCCAUACGCACCAGCGCCAGCGUCAAACAACUAUGCCGCUCCGCCUGCUGGCUUCGCACCUCCACAGCAGGCACCAGUACAGCGUGGAGCAUCGCCAUACCAACCACCGACUGCUGCCGCUCCGCCAUCGAACCGCUACGCUCCUGCUCCAGGUUCACAACCAUCGGCCCCCCUUGGACCAAUGGGCGGAAUGCCACCGCCACGAAACAUUGCGCCUCCUCCUGGCCAGUUCACACCCGUAGGAUCAGCAUAUGCACCGUCGCCUGUGCAGCAAAUGCCACCUGCUGCUGCAGCACCGCCACCAAGGGGCCCACCCCAAGGACCUCCGCGAGCAGGACCUCCUCCAGGCGGACCUCAGGGCGGACCACCAAGGCCAGAUUCCCGACCUGGCACUGGACAAUCGCAACCGGCAGUGCAAGCAGCGCCCAAGUACCCUCCCGGCGACCGAUCCCACAUCCCUGACGCCUCGCGCCCCAUCUACGAGAUCCUCGACGCAGACCUCCAACGCGUGAAAGCCAAGGCACCAGCUCAAUACAAACAGCACGUUGCCGACACGGAGAAGCGCCUCAAUAUCCUAUUUGACCAUCUCAACAACGAGGACCUGCUCAAGCCUGAUACUAUCCAGCAGAUGAAUGAAUUGGCGGCCCAGAUUCAGGCUAAGCAGUAUGAUGCUGCGGUUGCGAUUUUCUCGGAUCUCAUGACGAAUAAGACGGAUGAGGGGAGUAAUUGGAUGGUUGGUGUCAAGCGGUUGAUUCAAUUUAGCAAGUCGACUGCUUAG